AGCGCCACCAGUGGCUGUUCCCGGCUCCAUGCGUAGAGGUCGCAACUAACAAAUGUGCAUAGGUUAGACCAAGGAUCGAUUUUUCACCCAAGACUCCAAUUUCCCAAAACUUGCUUUGUCAUUUAUUCAAGUAUGGUUACUUAUACCAACACUUUGAGGCGAUAUACCAUGACCUAAUAGAACAUUCUAAACGCUAGACUUGUUCAGGUCAUUUUCAUGACCCGAAAGAAAAGCGCCCUCAGCGUCAGCUGCGGUUACUACGAGCGUGGAUUUCAAGAUGGCGAGGGCUCAGUUUACGUAUGACGAAUCUGGCGGAGCAUUUCUCUAUUUCGUGGUUUCUGUCUACGCUCUUAUUCUUAUACCGGCAACAUAUUUAAUAUGGCCUUCUAAGGACAAGAAAGAUGAUCCUGAGAGGCUUAAAAGACUAUGUCACUGUGAUGGCUGUGAAGAUAAAAGAAGUCGUCUCAAAUAUAAAGAUCCUAGAGCCGGAGCUAAAUUAAAAUUAAGGAAGCUUUUAAUAUUUCUUGCCUGGGUAGGGUUUAUAGUAUUAGCAUACAAAGCUUCACAAGUCAAAACAGAGACUGUGGAGUUUGAUCCAUUUGAAGUGCUUGGCAUUGACAGGGGUGCCACUACUGCUGAAAUUAGAAGGCAAUACAGACAGUUAAGUUUAAAACACCAUCCUGACAAAGGUGGUGACCAUCUGACGUUUAUGAAAAUUGCCAAGGCAUAUGAAGCUUUGACAAAUGAAGAAGCUAAGAAGAACUGGGAAGAUUUUGGAAACCCGGAUGGACCUCAAGCUACCAGUUUUGGUAUAGCACUGCCAGCAUGGAUUGUAGAAAAACAAAACUCUAUGUGGCAAGUGGAGGAGGCAAUGGUACAGCUUAUCAGAGAUCUAAGUAGUGUGAAUGAGAAAGUGAAAGAGAAGCCAAUGUGUUAUCCAUACGCUUUAAAAGCUAGAGCCUUGGUGCAUUCUCAUUUAUCUCGGAUGGCGUUACCGUUAAAAACACUAGAAAAAGAUAAAAACUAUAUUUUAAAGAAAUGUCCUGUUCUGGUGAAUGAGAUAAUUAAUGUGUGUUCUCAGCUGGUGGUGUAUGCACACGCUGGUAGAAUUGCUCGUGAACCUCGUUUGGAGACAGUUGAGAAUUGUAUGAAGUUGAGUCAGAUGAUUGUACAGGGUUUAUGGGAGAUUAAAUCUCCGUUGUUACAACUACCACAUUUCAAUGAAGAUAUAAUAAGACACUGUGUUACUAAAAAGUUUCCUACAGUGGUCGAUGAUGAAGAAGGUGGCAUCAUUGCAGCUGGUGACAUAGUGACUGUCACAGUGACUUUAAAGCGCAAUACAUUAGAGUCCUUUCUGGAUCAGGAAACUCCGGACAUCGUGGAAGAAGAAGAAGAACCACCUCCGGCUGAGUCGACUGACUCUCCUAAAGCUACUAAAAAUAAACCUAAAGUAUGGGAAAAAAGACGAAAAGGGAAAAUUAAGAAGAAAAAUAAGCAAGUGAAUAAAAAACAAAUCAAGAAGAAAGAAGAAAAGAAAGAGGAAAAGCAAGACAAAAAGAAAAAAGAUGAAAAAAAGGAUGAUCGGGUACAAGAUGUUGGUAAAAAAGACAACAGACAUGAUUCAGAGGAUGGUAGUAAUAAACACAGUGGUGCUGAAGACAGUGAUAGUGAUGAUAAUAGAGAUCAAAGACAUAGCGAUGGUUCCAGUGAUAGUGAAAAUGAGCCUGCUUCUAACGACCGUGACGGCGCUGGAGAAGAUGAGGACUGGGAUGAAUUACAAGCAAAUAUUACUAGGAGAGAAAAAGUUUUAGAGACCAAGUCAAAACUUACACAUGAAGUACACUGCCCGUUUUUCCCAGAGGUCAAACAGGAAUGGUGGUGGUUGUACUUAGCUGAUAGAAAAAAACAUGCUUUAGUUACAACUCCAACACAGAUAUGUACACUGAGAGAUGAGGAAAAGUCACAAAUAAAAUUCCAAGCGCCACCAAAACCUGGCACGUAUCACUAUCAAGUAUGUCUUAAAUCAGAUUCCUAUUUAGAUCUAGACGUACAGCAGAGUAUUAAGCUGGAAGUGCAUGAAGCGAGGGCGAUAGAAGACAGCCAUCCACAAUGGGAUAUAUCAGAUGAUGAUGAUAAUAAAGACGACAGCGAUGAAGUGGAUUACACCACAGAUGAUGAAGACAGUGACCAAGAUGAUUGAGUUAAUAAAAUUAGAUAUUAACGGUUUCACACCAGUAAAUUUGAAACAAUAACAAUAAAGAACACUAUUCAACAAACCAACACUAAAUUUUUUUUUCAUUGUGAAUUUUUUGUUACGUUUCUUCUGAAACAUACUUGGUCUGUAUUUUAUGUGAACUUGGGUAUAAAUUUAACACUAUACUUUAAGAAUAAAUGUUUCUCUUUGAAA